AUGUCCGACGACAACACAACCACCUCAUACUACUACAGCUCAGCCAAAACGACCACAACCGGCAAAGAAACUACCGGCCAUCGUUACACAACCGCCUCCCACACUGACCCAUCUGGGAACACCGUUGUACGCACUGCGCACCAAGAUCUCGGUGAACCCGCCACCUAUGAGGAACGCUGCUUCGAUCGAACGGGCCAGGAACUCGUAUCUUCGAAAUCCGGCACAGGAGCCGGCAUAGAUUCCAGUGGAGGCGGUGGCUCCCGACGAAUUAUUCAAGAUAUGACAGACCAGGAUUUUAACUACGAUUUAACAUCGACCGGUGCAGGAUACUUCCCUGUCAAAUUUCAGGCCGCAGGAUUCAAACGUUGCGGCUACAAAUUCACCGGCUGA